AGAGAGAGAGAGAGAGAGAGGGAGAUGGUGAAGAACAUAAGUGAGGUGGGAGUGGAGGACUUCGUUCAGGCAGGGCUAGACGUUGAAGAGGCCAAGGAUUUCGAAACAGCUAAAAAUACAAUCUCCCGCACGAACACAACGGACCCAAAAGAGAUAUGGCGGCAGAUAGUGGCUGAGAGAUUGCUGAAACCAUCACACCCUCAUGAGCUGCACCAGUUGAUCUACUACUCAGUCUAUGCCAAUUGGGAUGCCUCCACCAAAGGCCCUCCUCUCUACUGGUUCCCUUCUCUAUACCAGUCGCGACAAACAAACUUGGGGCGAUUGAUGGAAAAGCACGGUCCAGAGCUUUUAGGAACAUCAUAUAAGGAUCCCAUAACAAGUUACACACUCUUCCAGGAAUUCUCUGUUCAGAAUCCCGAGGCUUACUGGUCACUUGUUCUAAAAGAGCUCUCGGUUUCCUUUCGAAAAGUCCCAAAGUGUAUUUUGGAUAGGACUGACAAAUCAAAACGCGGUGGAUCUUGGCUUCCACAUUCAGUUUUGAAUAUUGCUGAAUGUUGUUUGCUACCCACCAGACACCCAAGAAAAGAGGAUGAUGGUUUGGCUGUUGUAUGGAGGGAUGAAGGCUGCGACGAUGAUUCUUCUGUUAAUCGUAUGACAUUAAAGGAACUUCGGGAACAAGUAAUGUUGGUGGCUAAUGCACUGGAUGCAACCUUUUCAAAGGGUGAUGCAAUUGCUAUCGACAUGCCAAUGAAUGUCAAUUCGGUUAUCAUAUAUUUAGCAAUUGUACUAGCAGGAUUUGUUGUUGUAUCAAUAGCAGACAGUUUUGCUGUAAAUGAAAUUGCAACUCGUCUACGCGUGUCUAAAGCAAAGGGUGUCUUUACCCAGGAUUUCAUACUAAGAGGAGGCCGAAAGUUUCCUCUCUACAGUCGAGUUGCAGAGGCCGCUCCACAUUUAGCUAUUGUGCUUCCAGCAAUUGGGAGCAAUGUAGGCAUUCAGUUAAGAGAACAGGAUCUAUCCUGGCAUGAUUUUCUUUCUCGUGUCGAUCACCUUCCAAGAAAGAACUACUACUCUCCAGUCUAUCAGCCAGUCGACUCGGUGACUAAUAUUCUCUUUUCAUCUGGAACCACAGGAGACCCGAAAGCUAUUCCAUGGACACAACUUUCACCAAUUAGAGCUGUUGCUGAUUCAUGGGCUCACAAUGAUAAUCAAGUUGGGGAUGUCUUCUGCUGGCCAACAAAUUUGGGAUGGGUUAUGGGUCCAAUCUUACUCUACUCGUGCUUUCUGACUGGUUCAACUCUUGCUCUGUAUCAUGGGUCUCCUCUCGGUCGUGGCUUUGGAAAAUUUGUUCAGGAUGCCGGAGUAACUAUAUUGGGCACAGUUCCUAGCUUAGUAAAGGCUUGGAAGAGUACACAGUGUAUGAAAGGCCUAGACUGGACAAAGAUAAGAUCAUUUUGUUCCACUGGUGAAGCGUCUAGUGUUGAUGACGACCUUUGGCUCGCUUCCCGUGCUUACUAUGGACCCAUCAUUGAAUGUUGUGGGGGCACAGAACUUGCUUCGUCCUACAUCAUGGGAAGUUGGCUGCAGCCACAAGCUUUUGGAGCAUUUAGCACAAAGUCGAUGACAACAGGCUUUGUCGUAUUUGAUGAACAUGGAAUUCCUUAUCCAGAGGAGCAAGCUUGUGUUGGGGAAGUGGGUUUGUUCCCGCUAUUAAUGGGAGCGACUGACAGGCUGCUAAAUGCUGAUCAUGAAAAUGUUUACUUCAAGGGAAUGCCAAUGUAUAAUGGAACGCAACUUAGGAGACACGGAGACAUACUUAAAAGAACUGUUGGAGGCUAUUUGAUUGUUCAAGGCAGGUCCGAUGAUACCAUGAACCUCGGUGGCAUCAAGACAAGUUCUGUUGAAAUCGAGCGCGUCUGUGACCGGGCUGAUGAAAGCAUCUUGGAGACAGCUGCAGUCAGUGUUGCACCCAAGAGUGGUGGUCCUGAACAGUUGGUUAUAUAUGUCGUAUUAAAGAAGGGAUACGACUCCGAACCAGACGAGCUAAAGAAGAAAUUCUCAAAAGCCAUUCAAAGCAACCUUAACCCUUUGUUUAAGGUGAGCUUGGUCAAGAUUGUACCAGAAUUUCCUCGAACAGCCUCCAACAAGUUACUAAGAAGAGUUUUGAGGGACCAAGUUAAGCAUGAGCUCUCUGUUCGGAGCAGAAUGUAGCAGCGCCCAGCAGACUCGACUGUCAGCCAACAGAGUCCACCUCCCUUUUUAUGGGUGAAUAGGCCAAGUUUUCGGCUAGCAUUACACUGUAAAUUUCAGUUUGCUAGAAGUGUUUCUGUUUAAUAAUGGUCACUUGGCAACAUUCUAAAUUGAUUACAAAAGAAAUUAUAUAUCGGGGGUCUCACGUUGAAAGAUUUUUCAGAGGUGAUUUCAGAGAGUAUUCUUGGUCAGUCAUCCCAUGUAAUGGCUUAUGGCUUCAUUGUCUAUCAAUUUUAGUGUCUUUAAUUUUGUUUAUUUGGUGGUACAUAUCUCAUUUGCUAUUGAGCUUGGCUUUAAUGGUCAUUAUUGAUCACAUUUCUUA